AUGAUCAGUUUGUUCGAUGAUUUACCUGAUUUAAUAUUACUCGAAAUAUUUUCUUAUUUAUGUUGUGUUGAUGCUCUCUGGUCAUUCUCUAAUCUAAAUUCUUGUUUGACAACAUUAUUAAAAGAACGAGAAUCACUCGUCAUUGAUCGUUGUGCAUCACCUCUUCAACUGCGAAGAUGGUCUCAUUUAACGAAUUUAACAACAUUACGAUUACAAGGUGUACGCAACUUUAGGAAUGUUUUCAAAUUUGCAAUAAAACAUGUAAAUACAUUGUCUCAUUUUACAGUUCAAUCAAGUGGAUAUUUUCGUAGAGUUGAUAUGAUAAAAAAAAGAGGUUAUCCAUUAUGGAACUUAAAAGAAUUUGUCGAAAAAAUUCUUUGUUAUCUACCUACCCUUCAAUCACUUGAUUUAGGAAUGGAAACGUCUUUUUACUUACAUAAGUGCCCUUUCCAAACGAUAUCAACACCGUUAAUCUAUCUAAAAAUUUCAAUUAAUCGGACACUUGAUGUAAUUGAUAUACUCUCAACAAAACCGUUAUCUCAUACAUUAAAACAACUGCACAUAAAAAUGCCAGAUUUUUGUGGUUAUAGAAGUUUUUCUUCAUUUGAUAAAAAUACUUUACCUCGUAUAGAAUCUUUACAUACGUUUAUCUUUGCUAAAUCAUUUAAAUGGCAUUCAUCUGAGAAAUGGUCAUUUGUUAAUGUAUUAACAACUUGUAAUGUAAUGCCUAUGUUACGACCAAUGAAUUUUUCUCUUUUUAUUAAUGUUAAUAAUCUCUAUCAAAUGAAUAAUUCACUUCUCUUUAAUGAUCAUUGUCAUAUUAAUGUUCAUUAUGCUUUUAUUAUUCAUAAUAAUCGACAACAUUGCGAAUUUAAUCAACAUGUACCACGUGAUAGUUUAUCUCAUCGUCGUCAAAUAGCAAAUGCCACAUUUAUUUCUGAAUAUUGGCCUGCUGAUGAAACAUUCAUGAGUCAUAAGGAAAUUUACGUAAGUUAUCUAUUUCGAUAGAUUACAAGUCACAUUGAUCAUAAAAUAUUCUUUGAAUUCAUCUAAUUCAUCUUUCUUUUAAUUCAAAAAACCUAAAUAUCGACUAAAUUUAUUCUAUACUUUGUCAUGAAUUUUUGAAGAGUUUUUUCAAUAAUGUAUUCCAAAUAAAUAUAUUAGUGAGUUAGAAGUCUUUACAUCGACUUCUCCAUUUGAUAAAGUUGGUCGUUCACAUAUUCUUAAACUGAAUAUAGCAGAUAAUAUUUCAUCAUUAACUACUUUAUUGCCUCAUAUAAUGUCUUCAAACCAUGUGGCUGAACUAACAUUUAUCGAGUCUAUGGGCUUUUUUAUUUCAAACUGAAUUCUAAAAUCAAAAAAACCACACCAAUUUCUUCCGAGUCAAACUUUUCUCGCUUGAUACUACGUAGUCUUACUAAAAACCCUUAGUCCCCCCUAGUCCUGCAAAGUCCCCCUUAGUCCCCCCCACAAAAAGCUUAGUCCCCGCUUAGUCCCCUGUUCAGGGGACUAAAGCCUAUAGUACACAAAACCACAA